CGAAUCGUUACAUAACCUUUGCACUUUGCGGACGAUUGCUACUGCUAGUACAGCAGACGGUCUUGUUCUUGGAUAGCAGAAGCAGAUAAAGGAAGAAGAUCGGUGAUAGGAUAGGAUUUAAGUAAUAAGUGUAGUGAGAGCUGUGUAUCUUCAUUAUCAUAACCUCGAAAUUUGUGUCAGUUUUGAUGUAUUAAAUUAAUUACUCUGUUUUAUUAUAUAUAAGGAAUCUUUUACGUAAUAAUGAUAGGCCGACUUCUAGCAAGACACUUGGCUCAAACAACAGCCAAUGUCUUGAAAAAUGAAAGUGCAACCACAGUUUUAGCGACGAGGAAUUAUAUCUCUCAGAUAUCAAUUCCAUCAGUACAGUGUGUUAGAGGUAUUCAUGUAGGUCACAGUUGUUUAGUAAAAGUACAACAUCCGGCCCCAGCGUUCAAGGGGACUGCUGUUGUCGAUGGUGACUUUAAGGAGAUUGACAUUUGUGACUUCAGGGGACAAUACUUGGUCCUUUUCUUCUAUCCUCUAGACUUCACAUUUGUGUGUCCGACGGAGAUCAUUGCUUUCAGUGAUCGGAUUAAAGAUUUCAAAGCCAUCAAUACAGCUGUGGUUGGUGUCUCUUGUGAUUCCCAUUUCAGCCAUCUUGCUUGGAUCAACACACCAAGAAAGCACGGUGGCCUGGGAGAACUGAAGUAUCCUCUCUUGGCUGACUUUAACAAGACGAUUGCAAGGGAUUACAAUGUUCUCCUAGAAGAUGAUGGGGUUCCUCUCAGAGGACUGUUCAUAAUUGAUCCACAGGGAACAGUUCGACAAAUCACAGUGAAUGAUCUGCCUGUGGGUCGCAGUGUCGAUGAGGUUCUGAGACUGGUCAAAGCAUUUCAGUUCACGGACAAACAUGGCGAAG